GCAACAGAGAAGAUUGGAGUAUAGGCCUACCGCUCGUAGUAUGGCAAUGAAUACACAGAUUCAUUCUGCAACUAACGAUACGCCAUACCAUCUCGUGUUCGCACAACGACCGAGAAGUAAUUGGUCAUUACUUCGUGAACGGGUAUCGCGGACGAAGAGGAAAUUCCAAAUAAUUGAAAACUAUGAAAAUCAAGGAUUCGAAAACAUUGGUGAAAAGAUUGGUGAAAAUAAUGAGCAAACCAAUCCACAGGUCGUGCACAAUGACUCAUCUUCGGAAGAUGAUAUCAAUCUCAUUGAACAAUAUGAAACUGGAUUCUUUAUCCAAGAUAUAUGUAUGUAUAGACCAUUCCGUAUAUUUCCGCCAAGCAGAAAUCGUGCACCAUAUGUAUAUCGUAUAGACACCUGGCUGAGAUACACAUUACACGGAGAGUUUAAUGAGAGAAAUAGAAAUUUUGUUACACUUUGCCUGGAGAACUUAAGGAAAUGGAAUGAUGGAGAGACUAGAGAUAGGAUAGUAGAGGAAAAUGAUGGCCUGUCUGAGAUCUUUGAAAUGUGGCCCGAGCGAAUCCGGCAAUAUGAUGAGCGCAAUCAAGCCGAAUCUGCUAUGGCAAUAGAUGAAGAUGUACAACCAGUCAGAGAGACAGCCACAAGCAGUGAAGUGAAUGAAG